AUGUGUAAACACAUCCUCAACGCCCAGGUGUCUAUUCGCUCCGCUUGCUGCCGCAAGUGGUUCGAUUGUGCCGAAUGUCACGGAGAAACGGAGGAGCAUGCGCUGCAGAAGGCACAGGAAAUGGUGUUCGCGUGCAAAAAGUGCAAGAAGUGCUUCCGCAAGGAUGCCGCGGAAUUUGAGGAGAAUGACGAGUACUGCCCCCACUGCGAUAAUCACUUCGUCCUCGAGGCCUUGACACCGAGGGCCAACUUGCAGGUGGAGGGUGACGAUGCACGUAUGGACAGCCGAAUGCUCAAGGACGAACGGGUGCGCGCCGAUCAAGAGAAAUCGAUCUUCAACUACCGCGAUCUCUCCGAUCGCCUUGGUUAG